GAUACAAUUCAAAAUAAAAUUUUUGUUUUACUAUUGGCGGAACAUUAUUUCCGAAAAAGAUAAUAUAUAAUAUUAAUAAUAAUAAAAGAAACCAAUUUUCAACUGAUUCACAAUGGCAAUGAGUAUGGCUUCAACUGCUACAAUCGACGAACAAGAUGAUGAAUGUGGCCCUCUUCCUCUUUCGAAAUUAGAAUGUAAUGGGAUAACUUCAGGAGAUAUUCAAAAAUUGGAAGAAGCAGGCUUUCACACUAUUGAAUCAAUUGCAUUCUCCCCUAAGAAAUACCUGCUAGCUAUCAAAGGAAUGUCCGAUACCAAAGUUGAAAAAUUACUCACAGAAGCUGCCAAACUAGUGCCUAUGGGGUUCACAACUGCUACCGAAUUUCAUCAAAAACGUUCUGAAAUUGUUUCACUCACCACAGGCUCAAAGGGAUUAGAUAAACUUCUUGGAGGAGGCAUAGAAACUGGGUCAAUAACAGAAUUGUUUGGUGAAUUUAGAACAGGAAAGACGCAGCUAUGUCACACGCUAGCUGUAACAUGCCAAUUACCCAUUGAAAGUGGAGGAGGUGAAGGAAAGUGCCUUUUUAUUGAUACUGAAGGAACCUUUAGGCCUGAAAGGUUACCAGCUAUAGCUGAACGUUACAAAUUGAAUCCACAGGAAGUAUUAGAUAAUAUAUCAUAUGCAAGGUGCUAUAAUACUGAUCAUCAGACACAGUUAUUAAUUCAAGCAGCGGCUAUGAUGGUAGAAUCAAGGUAUGCUUUAUUAGUUGUUGACAACGCGAUGGCUCUAUAUAGAACAGAUUAUUCAGGAAGAGGGGAAUUAUCUGCCAGACAAAUGCAUUUGGCUAGGUUUUUAAGGAUGCUGUUGAGAUUAGCUGAUGAGUUUGGAGUGGCUGUAGUUAUAACGAAUCAAGUAGUUGCCCAGGUGGAUGGAAUGGCGAUGAUGAACGCUGAUCCAAAAAAACCGAUAGGAGGUAAUAUAAUGGCACACGCUUCGACCACCAGAUUGUAUCUGAGAAAAGGAAGAGGAGAGACGAGAAUGUGCAAAAUUUAUGAUUCACCCUGUUUGCCAGAAUCGGAAGCCAUGUUCGCAAUUUAUGCUGAUGGUAUAGGCGAUCCCAAAGAAUAAUCAGAUGGAUUUUUCUUAAGAUGUAAAAUAAGUCGAUCAUUAAUUAUUAUAAAGCGAAAUCUUGUUAUGCAAUUAUGAAAACUAAUGUUGAUAUUUUAUAAAUAAGAUUAUUUUUAUAGGUAAAAGAGAUCUGUUGAGAGUUUUGUAAAAUAAAAUUGAAUAAUAAUUGA